AUGACCAUCCUCCCAGUAUCGCAGGCAGACGUCAAUACUCUCACAUACAUCAACCUCCUGGUUAAAGGCAUCUUUCCGUUCCCCCACCCCGGAAAAACCGUAAAGCUGAUGGCGGAUCUCAUCGAGGUGCAGGUAGCAGAUUCGCGGAGUGAGGUGCUGUUGAAAUUGCUAGAGGCAGUGGAAGAUUAUGCUGGAAAAAGAAUAAUGUUCCCGCCAGUACCCGUCGACAGAGAGAGCGAAGAAGACUACGCUGAAGAACAACGACCGGAAGAGCCCGAGGAGAAUGAAGACGAGUAG